UUUUUUCAUCUUCUUUGUUAUAUUUUUCAAGAGAAAUGGGCAAUACAGAAAGCUCCAAAGUCGAUUUCCGCAAACUUGUUGUAGAAGAAACUUCAAAACCUUUAACAAAUGACGAAGAUUUGGAUUGGGAUAAACUUCUUCCAUUUAAUACAAUUAAUGAUUUAUUUAAUUUUUUGUCUGCUGCUGAUGUCAGAGGAUUGAGAGAUAUGCAUCCAAACGCAUUAGCUACUUUAAUUUCCAAAGUUAUUGGAUACCUUUCACGUCUUCCAAAUUCACUUCCUGCCCAAUCUGAUCAUAGAAAGAGCGAAUGGCGAGCUUAUUUCUGGGCUCAAAUGCCCGAGAAAGAAGGAAAUACAGAGAAUCGGCCUCCUCUUGGAAGUUUGCUUUUAAAUUCACUUUCUCAUCUUUUAUUUUGUCCGAAUUUUACUGUUGGACUUAAUAUCAAAAGCCUUUCAAAAAUAGACAGUUGUGAAUAUAUUUGGCAAUCUGGAGUUGGUUUUGCUGGGAAACCACCAUCCAGCGCUGUUUAUGAUGCAAAUAGAACUGAGAUAUUGAAACUUUUAUUAGUGUGUUUUUCUGAGAUUAUUUACAAUCGGGAGACAGAAAUUUCAAAAAUUCGUUGGAUAACUUGUUUUACUUCGGCAGAAAAUCGUAACGUUCUCCCAAUUUUUACUUCUCUUUUAAAUAUAAUUUGUUCUUAUGAUCCUGUUGGACUUGGAGUGCCAUACAAUUAUCUUUUAAUGACCGACUUUCGCGAACCUUUAGUUAAAGUUUCUUUACAAUUUUUGAUUGUAUGUCUUGAUAAAGAUUCUCAUUCAAAAAAUGAAGAGGAUGGUUAUGCUGAAAAUUAUUUUAUAAAUUAUCUUUCAAGAAUUCAUAGAGAAGAAGAUUUUGAUUUUAUUUUGAAGGGUUUUACUCGUCUUUUAAACAAUCAAUUACAAGCUACUUAUUUCCCUAAAUCUUUAAAGAAAAUUGAAUUCCAUCAAGAACUUCUUGUUCUCCUUUGGAAAUGUUGUGAAUUUAAUCAGAAAUUUCUCUAUUUUAUUCUCAAAACUAGUGAUAUGCUUGACAUUCUCGUUCCUAUACUUUAUCAUUUAAACGACUCUCGUACAGACCCUUCACGUAUUGGACUUGUGCAUAUGAGUGUAUUUUUAAUUUUAUUGUUGAGUGGAGAAAGAAACUUUGGUGUUCGUUUAAAUAAACCUUUCACUUCUCGUGGAAUUAUUGAUGUUCCUAUAUUUACUGGGACACAUGCUGAUCUUUUAAUUAUUGUUUUUCAUAAAUUAAUAACUAGUGGGAAUCAUAAAUUGCAAUCUCUAUUUGAUUGUUUGUUGACAAUUAUUUUUCGCCAUAUCUCAAAUCUUUGUCUAUGGUUACUGCUAAUAAAUUGGUUCAUUUGCACUCCUUGGUUUAUGUUUUCCUCUCCAACAAAUCACCAUUUAAUUUUCUUUAUUCUGGAAAUGUUUAAUAAUAUUAUUCAAUAUCAAUUUGAUGGUAAUUCUAAUUUAAUUUACACAAUAAUACGAAAACGACAUGUUUUCUACCAAUUAAGUAAUAUUCAAACCGAUUCUGUUUCAAUAGCCCAAGGAUUACGAAAAGGUAAAAAGCCAGUUCCAAAGGAUUCAGAGGAAGAAUCUGCCGGGGAAAUUACACAAAUUGGUGAAAAGAAUGAAAUAAGAGCUCCAAUUGGUCCAACUUCAACACUCGCCCAAACUCCAGCAAUUGAUGUAAUGACAACAAAUUAUGAGGCUAAGGAAGGCAAAAAUGAACAGAAACAAAUUCCUAAAGAAAAGAAAGGAGAAAAUUCUAAAGAAAAAUUAGAAAAUGAAAAAAAGAAAGAUGAAGAAGAAGAGGAAUGGAUAGCUACCCCAGAAUGGGUAGAAUCUUGGAAGAGUAAAUUACCUUUGCAAACAAUAAUGCGUGUGUUACAAAUUUUGGUUCCUCAAGUUGAGAAGAUUUGUAUUGACAAAGGGUUAACUGACGAAAGCGAAAUUUUAAAAUUUUUACAACAUGGAACUCUUGUUGGACUUUUACCAGUACCUCAUCCAAUACUUAUUCGCAGAUACAUUGCUAAUGAAGGGACAAACAAUUGGUUUAGAACAUACACUUGGGGUGUUAUUUACUUAAGAAAUGUUGAUCCAGCUAUUUGGUAUGACACAGAAGUAAAUCUUUUUGAAAUUCAAAAUGCCUAA